AUAUAUAUAUAUAUAUAUUUUGUAUAUUACGAAAAUCAUAUCAUAAAUAUUGUUUUUCUACGGUGAUUAAGAAAUUUUUUUCGAAUCAUAGUCAUUCUUUAUUUUUUAAUUAACAAUCAUUUUUUUACUUGUCUAACUUUAAACGCAGUUAUAUAUAUAGUUGAAAGUUAUACAUAUUAAUCGAAAACGAAAUCGUGCAAAAUGCCGCCAAAAACAGUGAAGGAAUCGUUAAUAUUAUUAAUAAAUAUUGGAGUAACAAAUCCAAAUGCAAAAAGUGAUCAUUCUACAUUGGAAAAAGCGAAAGAAAUUGCCAAGCGAAAGAUCGAAAAAAUGAUUUUCUUAAGUCCAAAAGAUGAAAUUGCAAUAAUGUUGAUGGGUUCCUCUGUUACAAAAAAUAAUUUGAAUACAGAACACGUAGAAGAAUUUACAGAUUUUCAGAUCCCAAAUUGGGAUUUUGUAAAAAAAUGUAUGGCUUUAGAAGGGACAAAUCAUUGUUCGAAUUGGAUUGAAGCACUUGUAGCUGCAGUGGAAUUUAUGGAAAAAAAUGUUGUUGAUGUUUCUACAAAGAAAAUCAUUCUGAUGUCUGAUUUUAAUGAAGAAGCAGAUAUCAUUUCACAAUUCCAAGCAGAUGCAAUUGCAGAUAGGCUAUCUACAGAAAAUAUUUACUUAAUCACAAUGUUAAUGGUCAGCAUACAACAUUUGAUAAGAUUUUAUCAGAUUUAAAAUUUUAUAUACCAGCAUCAAAAAAACCAUGUCCAUGUUAUUAUACCUUAGAAUUGCUUGAUAAAAAAAUACAUGUUGCUUCUUAUAUUAAAAUAGACAUAGAAAAACUUCCAUCGUGGAAAAUAGAAAUCAGAAACAAUGAAAAGUUUGAGAAAAAAACAGAAUACGUAAAUAGGCAAAGAGUUUCUUAUUCGGAGGAUGAAAUUGUAAAAGCAUAUAAAUAUGGGGAAUCUUUUAUUCCAGUAGAAAAGGAUCUAGAGGAGUGUAUGAGUUAUAAAAGUGGCGGGAAAAGUUAUAAAAUUUAUGGCUUUACAAAUAGAAACAAUAUUGAUUUAGAGUAUUUUUAUAAAAGUACCACUCAUAUUCUUUUACCAGCCAAGGAAUCAGAGAAUGUAACAAAGCCAUUUUAUAGUUUGGUGCUUGCAAUGGAAAAAACAAAUUCAGUGGCUAUUGUGAGAAAAGUUUUUGGAAAUAAUAGUCCACCUAGAAUGGUUGCAUUGUUUCCUUGUAUUAAUAUUCCUGAUGAACCAUGGUGCUUGGUAGAAAUAGAAUUAGUAUAUGCAGAAGACAGAAGAGUUAUGGAAACAAGACCCAUGAAGUCAGUGAUUAAACAAUUAUUGAAAGAACAAAAUGAAGCUGUAGAUAGUUUAAUAAAUUCUUUGAUAUUAUCUCACACAGAGGAUAGUUGUGAGAUAGAUGGAAGUCAAUAUUUUUUACCAGGAUAUGUGCCAAAUCCUGCAGUACAACACAAAUGGCAUAUAUUAUCGCAUCGGGUUAUUAAUCCGGAUAAACCAUUACCGCCUAUGGAAAAUUAUUUAAAAGAAAUUUUGGAAGCUCCAUUGAUAAAAGAAAGAAGUAAAUCUCAUCUGCAAAAAAUUGUAAAGCUAUUUCGAUUAGAGAGUAUAGAUCCAAAAAAAGAAAAAAACGAAAUUAAGGAACAAGAUAAUAUGCAGCUUGAUAAUAAUAUCGAUACCGAGGAGUCUAAUAAAAUAGAAGAUAUGGUUGAUGCUGAAAUUAAUUCGUAUAAAGAAUCAGAAGUUCUGUCUUUGGACACCUCAGAUAUUGAUUUUGAUGAAAUGGCUGUUAAUAUAUAAUUUGUUCAACUUGUUUACAAUAUUUUAAAUAUUUUUUCCAACAGAGUUUUGUAAAAUUAUAUUUUAAAUGAUAAUUUUACUUUUUAUAUGUGAUAUCUUGUACUUUCAAGCAACGUGUAAAAGAAAAAUUAUACUUAUACUUCAUACAAAUAACAAAUAUUAUAUGGAAAAGAUCGUAAAAUAAAAUAUGUGCUAACAACGAA